GCCAGCAGACGUAUACCUAUACAUCUCUCUCUCUCUCUCUCUCUCUCUCUCUCUCUCAUAGCUGUUGGGCUUCUUCAUCCACGUCGUCCGUUCGUUUUCAAAACCUCGUUUUUGUUGAAUUUCUUUUUUUAAUUCCUCGGGUCUUGUUUGAAAAAUGAAGAGGAAUUGUAACUUGGGCCUCCGCCUCGUACCGCCUUCCGCGGCUCUCCGUUUCCCGGAUUCCGACGACAACCGCCACCAGGAGGAGGAGGUGGAGAGAGAAGAACAACGGCCGCUGACUAUAUUCUAUAACGGAAGGGUCUGCGUUUGUGACGUCACAGAGCUUCAGGCGAGAGCGAUCAUGAUGCUUGCAAGUCAAGAAAUGGAAGAAAAGGUGAAGAGCUUGCUUGGUUCAGAGCUCCCAUCACCAUUGCUUCAGUCUCCGGUGUGUAGCCCUACCACAGGUCUCUCUAUGAAGAGAUCACUGCAACGGUUCCUCCAAAAGAGAAGGAACCGAUUUCAAGCAACAUCUCCUUACUGAUCGAUCACUUGUUAUUAUAUAUAUAUAUUUGCUAGUGAUCCACUUUGAGUUGAGAGAUCGAGUUUAAUUUGAUUUAGUAGUAAUUUAGGCCAAGAGAUCAAGAGCUUUUGUAGAGAUUGUUGUUCAGUUCUGGAUCCUUGAUUAGGAAUUAAAGUAAAAUCCAUGGCCCACGGGGCACGCAUGUAAUUUUAUUUUGUUAUCGGAAAAGAAAAUUGUCAUUAA